GUUGAAGCUCCUUUGAAAGGAGCAAGGGCAGGACGAGAAGAAAGGAGAGAACCCACGUGAGGAGAGCCUGAGGAUGGGGAAAUCGUUCUAGACUGUGACAUCACAGCGAAGCCUGAGCUGGGACAGUGGGGCGCUGCAGCCGGGGCUUCUUACCACCGGAGGCAAGACCCUUCGCUAGGGCCCUGCCCGUGGGCCCUGCCCGAGGGCCCUGAACCCACCAUGGGCCCCAGGUUCCUCUGCUGUGUGGCCCUCUGCCUCCUGGGAGCAGGCCCCUUGGACGCAGCAGUUUUUCAGGCUCCAAAAUACCUUGUUGCACGGGUGGGGGAUACAAAGUCACUAAGAUGUGAACAGAAGCUGGGCCACGAUGCUAUGUACUGGUAUAAGCAAGACUCCAAGCAGUCGCUGAAGGUUAUGUUUGCCUACAAUAACAAGGAGCCGUUUCUAAAUGAGACGGCUUCAGGUCGCUUCUUACCAGAAUCUCCUGACAAAGCUCAUUUGAAACUUCACAUCAAGUCCCUGGAGCUCAGCGACUCUGCCGUGUAUCUCUGUGCCAGCAGCCGAGACACAGCCCUGCAAAGUCAUCGCCUCCCUCUACACAAACCCACCGGCCCAGCCAGGAAGCGGUGGGGACAACAGGUUCACCCAGCUAGAGGGAGGCUCCCUGCACCCGUCUGUGACGCCCCUGCCUGGAGUUGUAUCUACGGCACAGCCCAUAAUACCCAACAGGGUGGUUCUACAGUUCAUGCACCCAGAAGUGUUACAGAAUUCCACCCACCAGCUACAGCAGGGGUUUCUAACAAGUUCACUGAAGCACUCAGGACUCCACUCACGGGAAAGGGCCAGGCACUGAAGAUCUUAACUGGUGGAAGGAGCCAUUCCUUUGCUUUCUCUGCUGUACGCAUCGGUGCGUGUUACACACAACAAUAUUACUGAAAACACACUAUGUGUUAAACAUGUUUGAUGAGUGAAAGCCAAAAGGGGACGUGCAGGUAAACGUUUCUAAGACCAAAAGGAAAUACGGGUUAUCAGUGAGUUCCCUGCUUGAUAGAAAAAUACUUGGAGAAGCAUGAAAGU